AUGAAAGACGCUUUAAUUUUGAUUUUGGGUUUCUUGAAAAUUACAUCGGUUCUGGCAAUUUUAUCUAUCUAUCUAUCUAUCUAUCUAUCUAUCUAUCUAUCUAUCUAUCUAUUAGGUUGGUGCAAAAAUAAUGACGUAAGAGUGUCGUUUUUGACGUUAAAAAAUACGUCAAAAAACGACAUUAUUACGUCAUUAUUUUUGCACCAACCUAAUAUCUAUCUAUCUUCGUCUCUUCAAAUCUAUGUCGAUUAUCUGUUUCACUCGUCCAAAUCUAUCUAUCUAUCUAUCUAUCUAUCUAUUUCAGUAUGUUCAUAUCUAUCUCUCAAUGUCUCUCUCUAUAUCUAUUUAUUUCUGUCUAUUCAUUAUCUGUCUAUUUAUCUAUCUAUCGAUCUAUCUCUUUACCUAUCUAUCUAUCUAUGUCAGUAUGAUCAUAUUCAUUCAUCCAUCAUAUCAUCUAUCUAUCAAUCUAUCUAUUCAUCUAUCUGUCUGUCUAUCUAUCUAUAUCUAUCUAUGAUCUAUCUAUCUAUCUAUCUAUCCAUAUCUAUUCCAUCUAUCUAUCUAUAUCUAUCAUAUGAUCAUAUCAUCUAUCUAUCUAUCUAUCUAUAUCAUCUAUCCAUCUAUCUAUCUAUCAUCUAUCUAUCUAUCAUCAUUCAUCUAUCUAUCUAUCUAUCUAUCUAUCUAUCUAUCUAUCUAUCUAUCUAUGUCAGUAUGAUCAUAUCUAUCUAUCUAUCUAUCUAUCUAUCUAUCUAUCUAUGUCAGUAUGAUCAUAUCUAUCUAUCUAUCUAUCUAUCUAUCUAUCUAUCUAUCUAUCUAUGUCAGUAUGAUCAUAUCUAUCUAUCUAUCUAUCUAUCUAUCUAUCUAUCUAUCUAUCUAUCUAUCUAUGUCAGUAUGUUCAUAUCUAUCUGUCUCUAUCAAUCUCUCUCUGUUCAUUUCUCCCUCUAUCUCUCUAUCUCUCUCUCUCUCUCUCUAUCUAUCUAUGUAUCUGCCGUCUCUUCAAAUCUAUGUCGAUUGUCUAUUUCACUCGUUCAAAUCUAUCUAUCUAUCUAUCUAUCUAUCUAUCUAUCUAUCUAUCUAUCGUAA